GCUGACCGAAGAGGUUGAUUCCUAGAAAACAAAGUUUAGUUUUUACUUCAUGUCAAAGUAUUAGCCAUUCAGGAAGCGACAAGCCAUGGGUGACAUACAACAGAUUCCACUGGUUCCAGAGCACGCUGCCAUUCUGAGAAAGUGUCAAAGUAGCUUUUGCCAAGCUGUUCAGGCAAAAUUUAAUUGCAUGGCUAUUCUCCAUAAUAUAGAAGCGUCUGGCUCUUUUGGUAGCACAGGUCAUGCCUUACGUGCUGAGAAGAGGUACUCCACAAAGCUGUCUGGUGAAGUGGAAAUAUCAGUCUGGAAAGACGAUCUUACCCGUCAUAAAGUGUAUGCUGUGGUAAAUGCAGCCAAUGAGAAUCUAAAGCAUGGAGGAGGUCUUGCACAAGCCCUGAGUGAUGCUGGGGGACCAAUGAUUCAGAAAUGGAGUGAUGAUAUUAUUAAGCAAGUAGGAAAAGUGAAAACCGGUGAGGCAGUGCUCAGUCCUGCUGGAAAUCUCCCAUGUAAUUGGAUCAUACAUGCUGUGGGUCCUCAAGUGCCUCAAAAUCCAUCCCAGAAGGUGCUUGAUCAAGCUGCACCCUUGUUACAUUUUGCUAUUAUUAAUAUCUUAACAAUUGUUUCACAUCAAAACAUUCCCUCUGUUGCAAUUCCUGCUCUGAGUUCUGGCCUUUUCAAUUUUCCAAGAGAUCGCUGCGCAGACAUUAUUGUAAAGGCUAUAAAGCACUUCCAAGAAUCUAGAGGGUUUUAUGGCAAGAGCGUAGAAAUCCAUCUGGUCAAUAAUGAUGAACCCUCAGUCCAAGAAAUGGAAAGAGCCACUAGAGCGCAUUUAGAUCCAUCCAACAUCAUUGGCUCAUACAGUGGGGCUGUGCAAGUCCAUAGCAUGCCAUCCUCUUCAAGCAACAGUUUGCAGUUUGGCAAUGUAACACUACACCUUAAAAAGGGCUAUAUUGAGGAGGAAACGGUUGAUGUAAUUGUCAAUACAAUUUCGACAAGCUGUAAAUUGGACCAAGGAGAAAUUUCCAAAGCUAUUUUGAAGAAAGCUGGUAGAAAGAUUCAAGACGAGAUUUACAAAACGAAAAUGUACACACUUUUCUCAACUGGUGUUCUCUAUAUUACACGUGGACAUGAUCUAAAAUGUGAAGCAGUAUAUCAUACUGCAUUAGAAGAAAUGUCCUAUAAGUCUCUUAAAAAUGCCGUCACAGAAUGUCUGAGGAGAGCUGAUGGGAAAUACAAGUCCAUCUCCUUCCCAGCAAUUGGUACUGGUAAUCUGCGCUUUCAGAAGCGAGAUGUUGCUGGAAUCAUGACAGAGGCUGUGGCAGAAUUAGGCAAAGACAGCACCAAAAAACUGGAUGUAUACUUUGUUGUGUUUCCAAAGGACAGUGAAAUGUUGGAGGCAUUUGAUAACGAGAUGAACAGAAGGAAAGGACAGGCAAAGUCCCCAGAAGCACGCACUGAUGUGACAAGAUUUGCUUCUGCAUCCAAAGUAACCACAGUAAAUGAAACAGCCACUGUUGAGUUCCAAAGCUCCAGCGGAGAAGCCCUGAGAGAAGCAAAAGAGUGGACAGUUAAAAUGCUAAACCUAUCAAAAAAACGAACAAUAAAGAAUAAUCACAUCAUAUAUCUUGGACAAAAAGACCAUGAAUACCUGCUCUCUCUCCAAACAAUGUUUGAUGUUCAGAUUGAAGAGUUCUUCAGGAGUGGAAAUGGUGGCAUAACAAUCACUGGAAGUCCUUCAGAUGUCAGCUGUGUGGCAAUUGAGGUAGAGUUCAUGCUUUGUAAGGCCCAGGAAGACUUCGCCCAAGCUGAAGAACGAGACAUGCUAUAUUCUGUGGUUCGCUGGAGCUGUAAAGAUGAACCUUGGAUACAAACACCUGAAAUCAGUGCAAGUUUGGAGAAGGCUUAUCUGGCUGGGGCUGAAAACCAUGUGGUCAAUAACCACAAAGUCAGCUUGAGGCUCAGGACUUUGGUGGGCAGCACUGGGAGAAUUAGCACUGUGGAAAGGACAUGCAUGUUUCCUUUUGUCAAGUCUCUUAACAACUCAUUCUAUGAAAGAAAAAAUGUGACCAGGAAUGAUUAUUCUUUAAAAGAUGAAAGGAAAAUCUUCUAUGCUUGUGGGCUCAAUAUUGUAAAGGUGGAGAAGCUAGAGAACAUCGUGCUGAAGCAGCUGUUCGACAGCAAUGAGAGGAGAGUGAAAGACAAACCCAAGCGCCUCUACCAGCGUGUGUCAGCUCAGUUCUGUGAUCUCAUCUGCAGAGUAGGCUUUCAGAAAGAGUUCGCCCCUCCUGCAGAGCAAAGGUAUGGCAGCGGAAUAUACUUCAGCGGUACAGUGGACGGAGCCCUGAAGCUGUGGAGGGAACAGGAACAUGAGCAGUACGUCUACAUCAUUCAGGCCCAGGUCCUCACUGGGAAAUCCACGAUUGGUUCUCCAGAUUUGAUUUUGCCCCCUGCCAUGAAGGGAGACCCUUUGGAGCGUUAUCAUAGUGUGUCUGACAGGGCACAGACUUGUGUCAUCUUCAGCGGUCAACAAGCUCUUCCUGAAUACCUGAUCAUAUGUGACAAAUCCACCCCUGUGUAGCUGCUCAAAGCAAUAUGCAUUAUAAUGCACAUAAAAAAGAAUGGCAAAUCUGGCCACACAAUAAAUACAAAACUUUACAACUAAAAAUUAAAGGUCUUUAUAAGCAUUAGUUUAAAUCAUAUUACUAGAUUAUUGAUUGUAAUAUAUGCCUGUGAAAUUGAUUAUUUUGAUGUUCCUUAACCUGCUUUGAUGUAACCAACUUUGAGAACUACUCUUUUUUUCCUUUUAGAUUGCCGUUUAAGCUCUUUUUGAAAACAUGAAUACAUUUAUUAAUAUUAACAGGUGUUAGGUGGAGAAAAAUAGAUUUGAUAAGUUCAUCAGUUCGACAGAAAAGAAUGCAAAUGAGGGUAAAUAAUUUAGGUGGUGGGUUUACAGUUUAAAAGUGCUGAAAUUCAUUAAUUAAUUAAUGCAAAACAAAUGAUCUCUGGCUGUUUACUUGAUCAAUUAUCAAGACAUUUGUAUUCAUGUGAUCUGCACAACUGAGUAAUAUGUAAAGCUUUGACUUAAAUAAAUGCCAAAU